UCUAAGUUUUUUAAACUCUAUAUCAUCAUUUUUUUCCUCUUGAAUUCUCGCUCUGAUUCUUGAAUCUUUUUUUCUUCAUUUUAUCAUCCGGUUCUGAACUUGUUAACCACGUUAAGUCAACAUUUUAACUUUUGUAAAUCAUCUCGAACUGUUUUUGUUAUUUUAAAAACCAUCGUUUGUGUCUCAAGUUGUUUUGGGUUAGUCUUUGGGUAAGACUCCCGUUGCUUGCCAUAGUCAGCUUUUAUGUCCAUACCUGUUGUUGAUGUUUUUUCUUGUUAAAAAAAUAAGUUGGGUCGCCAUUAGACCUGACCAAAAGCAAAGAUAACCAGAGGUUUCUUUGUUUUUUUGUUGUUAGCCUGAUUUAGUUGUUACAAAUUACAGGAUAAGAUUGUUUAAAUCUAAAGUGACGAAUCCAAAAGAGAAAGUUUUGUUUUAUUAAUUCCAAUGGAAGACACUAAUUAUUUACCCAAUGAUUAUUUUGAUCGGACUCCAUCUUCAACUACUUGUGAUUACAAUUAUUACAAUAAUUAUGCAAUAACAACUCCUACCUUACAGCAACAACAAACUCACCUUCAACAACCACAAACGCAAUCGAAUCACCAACAACCAUCACAGACAUCAUCACAACUUCAGCAGCUACAACAACCAUCACAAACCCAACAGCAACAGCAACAAACUCAAGGUACAACUGGCUUAAUCAACCAUCAUGGUCAUCACAUUAACCAACAAAUUUACCAUCCACCUCAACAGCAACAACAGCAACAACAAGCUCAACAUCUUCAGCAACUUCAUCAACCGGCAACCUAUUUAGAAGCUACUUUGCAAAAUUACGGUUACAAUCAGGUCACUGGAACUGAUAUUCCAAAUUCUGUGACUAUUUCAACGGGUAAUUACAACAAUUAUGCUGAUUGCUCUGCUGCUACAAAUAUCAAUACAUUAAACUAUCAGGUAGUUGAUUCAAUAUUAACCAACCAGUGUAAUGAUAACCAAUAUAACAACAAUGGAAAUUAUGGCGACUCACAGCAACUCAGCUAUGGUUACAUUGAUAAUGGUUUAACUGGUGUUAAUACAAAUUUUUCAACUCACAUGCCUAACAUGAAAACGGGUCAGAAUCAAUUGUUGGUGGUGAAAGAAGAAAGGUUGUCCAUCAUACCUGCCAGUAACACUAGCAUGAUCAUCAGCAGCACCAAAGAAGACUCCAAACCAGUUAAAGCGAUCCGAAAGAAGAAGACCAAUCGUAAAAAGGAGCCCAACAAUAAUAAAAAAUCAGCCUCAGGAUAUGCACAUUUUUUCCGAGAACGUCAAGCUCGUAUCAAAGAGGAAAAUAAAACGGCAUCAUUCGGCGAAAUAUCUAAAAUCGUUGCUUCUGAAUGGGAAGCUCUGUCAAUUGAUGAAAAGGCUGUCUACAAGAGGAUAGCUGAAAAUGCCAAGAACGAUCAAUUUAAGGAUAUUGCUUUAACUCAUGCUAUGACCGUUGCCGGAGCAAAUUUAUCCAAUAACAAUACUGACAAUCAAAUAGUUAACAGCAAGGAAAUUCCGAUGGGACAAAAUAAUGUUCAAGGCAACAUUGGAUCCAUGAUAACUUAUCAACAAUCGCUACAGCAACAGCAGCAGCAGCAGCAACAACAGGCACAUCUAAUUCAUCAUACUCAUCAACAACAGCAACACCUUGAGGCCAAUUAUAAUCAUGGACAAAUUAAUUAUCAAGUUACUGGAGGACUUUCAUAUUCCUAAAAAGCUAACAAGUGAAAUUUAAAAUAAUCAUCAUUCUGACCUCGCUUUCCACCGUAAAGACUCUAAAUACUCAAACAAAGACAAAAAUAACAAAUCAAAGCAAUGAUGAUGAAUGAUCUCUGGCAAAUUUGAUCCUUUUGAUUUAAGGUGAUGAAUCAAAACAAAAAACAAAACAACAGAUAAUCUCAAUAUAAUUCAUUUACAUAUCUUUGCCAUCCUCAUUAAAGUUUCGGACCUGGUCAUACUUUUGGUAUCAAUCAGUUAUUAUUAUCAAUUCCAAUUCAGAUGCAUUCAGUCUGGCUGAAGGAAUAAUUUAUACAAAUGCAUAAAUAAUUUACUCAUUUGUUUAACAAUCAUUACUUUUUCUAUCUGAUCGUUAGAGUUUUCAAUUCUGUGUAAAAUCAAUUGCUCGAGGUGAUUUUAGGGAAAAAAUGUUUCCAACUGAAAUACAAAAGUAAGUAUUACAAAACAUUGUUGGAUUGUUUUAGAAAGAAAAAGAUUAAAUUAAAUUUGCAAUUAAA